CCUCUGCACCCCCCACCCAACGCAGGCCCCUCGGCCUCGGCUCUCCGGCCCUCUGCGGGCCGCGAUCGCCUCCAAGGGUGUCUAUCUUAUCCACUCCUGGCAGGCCGUGGCGGCUCCCAGGUUCCUGGAUACCGCGGACUAACUUCUGGUGUCUUUUCCUCUCUCCGAAGCGCUUAUCUGCGCGCACCCUUAUCUCCGAGUUAUCUCGGCGCAAAGGGGCGGGAGCCGGAGUCAGGCGCGCAGAGACUUCUUUCGUGCUAUCUAGCCUGGGUCUGUGUGUGUAUUAAUUUUAGUAUGGUUAUCUCCGAUGAGCCGAAACGAUUUGGAAAAGCAGCCCCACAGAGGCCAGCUAGGCUGCGUUUGGCCUCCCUCCACCCCCUCCUAGUCUCCCUGUCAUUCUUGCUGCUCUCCCUUUUGGGGUGGCUUCGUCUCCAGGGCGGUCUCAAGUCCCCAUUUCAUCCCCCCCCUCCUUUUUUCCUCCGCGCUCCGCUCCACCCUGCUACGUCCAUUCCGGAACCGUCUAGCCUUUCCGCGCCUGGGGAUGACCGCGGGGUGGGCCGGGGUGGCCCAGCAGGCAUGGCCCAGCCGGCGUGAGCGCACGCAUCGGUGGCUGCGGGGGCGAGCGGUGUCUAAGGAGCUAGAAGUCAGCUUGGAGCAGCGCGGGACCGUGGAUGGCCUUGACUGACGGCGGCUGGUGUCUGCCAAAGCGCUUAGGGGCCGCGGCUGCGGACGCCGGCGACUCCGGAGGCUUUCCAGCGCGGGAGCCCUCUACGCCGCCUUCCCCCAUCUCCUCCUCUUCCUCCUGCUGCUCACGGGGUGGGGAGCGUGGCCCCGGCGGCGCCAGCAACUGCAGGACGCCGCAGCUCGACACGGAGGCGGCGGCGGGACCCACAGCCCGCUCGCUGCUGCUCAACCCUUACGCCUCGCAUCCCUUCGGGGCUCCUCACGGACCUUCGGCGCCCGGGAUCUCUGCCCCCGGGGGCGCCCUGUCGAGCUGGGAGGACCUAUUGCUCUUCACUGACCUCGACCAGGCCGCGACCGCCAGCAAGCUGCUGUGGUCCAGCCGCGGCGCCAAGCUGAGCCCUUUCGCAUCCGAGCAGCCGGAGGAGAUGUACCAGACCCUCGCCGCCCUCUCCAGUCAGGGGCCCGCCGCUUACGACGGAGCGCCCGGCGGCUUCGUGCACUCGGCGGCCGCGGCUGCAGCGGCCGCAGCGGCGGCUAGCUCCCCGGUUUACGUUCCCACCACGCGCGUGGGCUCCAUGCUGCCAGGCCUACCGUACCUGCAGGGGGCGGGCAGCGGGCCCGCCAAUCAUGCGGGUGGCGCGGGCUCGCACCCCGGCUGGCCACAGGCCUCAGCCGAUAGCCCCCCAUAUGGCAGCGGAGGCGGCGCGGCGGGCGGCGGGGCGGCGGGGCCGGGCAGCGCAGGCUCGGCCGCGGCGCACGUCUCGGCGCGCUUCCCUUACUCGCCCAGCCCUCCCAUGGCCAAUGGCGCGGCUAGGGACCCCGGGGGCUACGCAGCUGCCGGCGGCGGGGGCGCGGGCGGCGUGAGCGGCGGCAGCGGCGGUGGCCUGGCGGCCAUGGGCAGCCGCGAGCACCAAUACAGCUCGCUAUCGGCCGCGCGGCCGUUGAACGGGACGUACCAUCACCAUCACCAUCACCACCCAAGUGCCUACUCGCCCUACGUGGGUGCGCCGCUGACGCCCGCAUGGCCUGCGGGACCCUUCGAGACCCCGGUGCUGCACAGCCUACAGAGCCGCGCCGGAGCCCCGCUCCCUGUGCCUCGGGGCCCCAGCGCAGACCUGUUGGAGGACCUACCAGAGAGCCGCGAGUGCGUGAACUGCGGCUCCAUUCAGACGCCGCUGUGGCGGCGGGACGGCACCGGCCACUACUUGUGCAACGCCUGCGGCCUCUACAGCAAGAUGAACGGCCUCAGCCGGCCCCUCAUCAAGCCGCAGAAGCGCGUGCCUUCCUCCCGGCGGCUUGGAUUGUCCUGUGCCAACUGUCACACCACGACCACCACUUUGUGGCGCAGAAAUGCUGAGGGCGAACCUGUGUGCAAUGCUUGUGGACUCUACAUGAAGCUCCAUGGGGUGCCUCGACCGCUUGCUAUGAAAAAAGAGGGAAUUCAAACCAGGAAACGAAAACCUAAGAACAUAAAUAAGUCAAAAGCUUGCUCUGGUAAUAGCAAUAAUUCUGUCCCCAUGACUCCAACUUCCACCUCUUCUAACUCAGACGAUUGCAGCAAAAAUACUUCCCCUACAACACAAACGCCAGCUUCUGGGGCAGGCGCCUCGGUGAUGCCUGGCACGGGGGAGAGUGCUAAUCCCGAGAACAGCGAGCUCAAAUACUCAGGUCAAGACGGGCUGUACAUAGGCGUCAGCCUGGCCUCGCCGGCUGAAGUCACCUCCUCGGUGAGACAGGAUUCCUGGUGCGCCCUGGCCCUGGCCUGAGCCGGCCUCGGGGAGCGGGAGGCCACCGAGGCCCCCAUGACCUUCACCGAUCUCCUUGUCAUGCAGUCCAGACUGGGCCGAGGAUGCUGAUGGGACAUUUUCCUCUGACACAUGAUUUCUGUGCCUUUAUUUGAAAGAGAAGAAUCUCCCAAGAGGCUCGCUCUGUCUUACCACCCAGGCCCCGUCUUGGAGACCCAGAGAGAAGACGGAACUCAUCCCCGUGGAGGGCCGCCGUGGCGUCCACAGUACGCCGCCGCCUCCCUGGCCACCGCCACGGCCACUUGCAGGCAGCCUGCCUCUGGGUGGACCAGAGAUGUCCAGCGUGCCACUUCCAGAAACCGGGACUAAGACCGGGGCCAUGCCCGCUAAGGAAUAUUGAGAGAGAUUUUUUAAAACAAGGGUUUUAUGCAUAUUGCCCCAAAUCAUGUGCUUCUUCUGAUCAGCUUUGGUUAUUCCCGAAUUUCUCCGUACCUUUUCCAUGCCCCAGAUUCCACGUGCGUUCAUGGAGAAGACCAUUCGUUUGGUACACACCUCUGGAGGCUGAGUCGGUUCAAGAGCGCUCUUGUCAAAAGUAUCACCCAGUUUGCAGGACUGCACCGUAACUGUAACAUACACUGUGACUGAUGUUUUUUCCAAGUUCACAUUGUGUGACUGAUCUGAAGUCAGUCUGAAUUUGUAAACAGGGUAGCAAACAAGAUAUUUUUCUUCCAUGUAUACAAUAAUUUUUUUAAAAAGUGCAAUUUGCGUUGCAGCAAUCAGUGUUAAAUCAUUUGCAUAAGAUUUAACAACAUUUUUUAUAAUGAAUGUAGACAUUUUAACUUAAUGGUACUUAAAUAAUUUAAAAGAAAAAAUGUAAACUUAGACAUUCUUAUGCUUCUUUUACAACUACAUCCCAUUUUUAUAUUUCCAAUGGUGAAAAGAAAAAUAUUUCAAGAACAAAUCUUCUCUCAGGUAAAUUGCCUUUAUCCAUUUGUUAAGAAUUUUGUACAAGAACACCAGGAUCUCCCCUUUAUUUUACUGUGGAACAUGUGCUGGAAAAAUGGCAACAAAACUUUACUACCUAACAGAUAACAUUUGUAAAUACUCUAGGCAUCUGUACACACUAUGAUGACGUCUUUAUAGUGUGACUAACCCACAAGCAGGUUGGUUUACGUUAAUUUUUUUUUUUAAUGGGAUGUCAUAUGGAAACCUGUUUCACCAGAGUUUUAAAAAUAAAAAGGGUUUUUUUUUUUGUCUUGUA